AUGCUCUAGGAAGUGUUAAGAAACUUCAAGGAACUUCGAGCCAAAUUUCAAAAGCUUGAUGCGCCGUCUCUUCCAGGACCUGUUAAAUUCCCAGAAAGUGUUUCUCAAAAGGGUGACGCUGGAAGCAGACAGUCCACAAAGACUUUGGCCAGUGGGAAACACCCCUCUUCCAACCACAAUGAGCCCCUACCCAAUUGUGCCAGUGGUGACUCCCAGCCUCUUAAACCCCAGAAAGUGAAGUUGGCUCAGAAGAGCGAGACUCAGAAAUGUUCUAAUUCCCUGGAACCUCCUGGGAGUUCUUCUGGUUCUUCAGUAAAUUCACAGAAGGCUUCCCUGCUGUUAGGUGUGAAUCAGUCAAAUGCUGAGAUAACCACUAAGAAGAAAGUAAUGGUGAACAACAGCUUCAGAAACAAGCUCUGGAACUGGGAGGUUUUAUCUCAGAAAAGUGAGGUGUCAUCAGUCUUUAUCCCUGCCAGUUGUGGAAGCAGGGCCUUCCAUCUGGAAGAGCAGAAAAGCAUGGGGCUUACUCCAGAGGAGCCCAGGAAAAAGCUGGAAAGAAAAGGAGCCCAGACCCUUCCUUCCCAGAGGCGCUUGAUGGCCCAAAGAAGAUUGUGUGCCACCUCUGAAGAUCCCACUGUUCGACUUUCUCAACAUAGCAGGGGGAGCCCAGCAAACCCCAGUCCUGAGAAGAGCCCGGCAGGAAGCACCUGCUGCCCUAUCUAUGAUGGUGAGUUCACCAGCCAGGCCCCAGAGAACCAGCCGGAUGUCAGUCAUCCACAACUUCCCAAUACCAAGCCACUGCCUUCCGUCAAGUCCCUGGGUCCUCCUCCCGCAAAGCCACCGAGGCCCCCGGUUGUGAACCUCCAGGCCUUCCAGAGGCAGGCAGCCGCUCUUCCCAAGACCCACAGGGAAGCAGCUGAGGAGGAAGGCGACCUGCCUCCAGAGAGUGCUGAAUUUGAAGAACCGCAUAAUUAUGAGGCAACAAUUCCCUGUCUGAGACACUCCAGCAACUCCAUUAACCAGUGCACCACAAAAGAGACUGCUGAUUCAACUUAUGAAGUCAGAAUUGAAGAACUCCAAAAGCCUUGGAAGAGUUUUCUCCAUCAAGAACUUAGCCUGAAACAUGAAGACGAAGAUAAAAAAAUGAAGGAAAAAGAGCCAUGCAGAUUGGAACCACGAAAAAAAGAAAAGGAUCUAUAUUCAGACUAUCUUUCCAAGGUGGGUGCCUAUGAAGACACACCUGGAAAAACCCAGAUGGUGAAAGUCCACAGGGAUAGGAGGAGCACACUGGCCAGGAAGCAGGAUGCUGAGAUUGACGUCAUCCAGACAGAGGCCUGCCCCGAGGACCCCAAGCUGGACAGACACGCCGAUGGCCACUGGGGGUAUGUGAAGGCCUUGGAGAUGACUAAAGAAACCACAGGCCAGGGAGCCUUUAAGCCAAAUUCCAUAUCUGAGACGUAUGAUGAUGUUGAGUACCCUGGGAGAGAGGGAGCAAAGUCAGAUUUCUCUAACUCAUUUGUCUCAGAUAAAGAAAAUAGUGAAGAAAUGUAUGAAGAUGUCUACAAAACAAAGAGCAACUACCCAAAGAUAGAUUUAGAUGGAAAAGAAGCACUUAAAAGACUGCAGAGGUUCUUCAAGAAAGAAAAGGAUAGAUUUAAAAUGAAGAAAACCAAGUCACAAGAAAAUAUAAGUGCAUUUUCCAUUUCGCUGCCUGAUUUAGAACUUAGGUCUCAGGAAGUUAUUAUCUAUGAUGAUGUGGACAUAAAUGAAAAAAAGUCAAAUGAUGAAGAUAAACUAAAGACUUGGAAGCCCAAGUUUUUGAUAUCAAAGGAAAAAAAGAAAAAUGGUGCUAAAGAAUCAGAAAGGAAUUUCUUCAAAACCAGGAAGCAAAACUUAGAAAAGAACAGAAUGGAAAGAGAAGAAAAACUUUUUAGAGAAAGAUUCGAGUAUGACAAAGAAAUUACUGUCAUGAACACAGCAGUGGCAUGUUCCAAUAAUUCAAGAAAUGGAAUAUUCGACUUGCCAAUAACCCCUGGAGAAGAACUGGAAGUCAUUGAUAUCACUGAAGAAAAUCUAGUGAUAUGUCGCAAUUCUAAAGGCAAAUAUGGAUAUGUGCUAAUUGAACAUCUAGAUUUCAAGUAAGUGGUUUGAUUUUAUCCUUUAAAUAAUAAAUUCUAAAUACAUAAUACAUUAUUAUGUCUAUAAGUCUCAAGAAAAGACUAUUUCAUAUAUUUAAAUUCAGGAAAAGUUUUUGAAUAUGCAAUGCCCUACUCUAUAAGGAUUACUUGGAAGAGAUUAUUUUUGUGUCUGCCGCUCCUGAGGUUAUCAAACUUCUCUACAGAGCAUAUUUAUAAACAUUUUAAAGGAGCAUAAAAAUAUUAAACUGGAUAAAAAAAAUUCCCUUGAAAUCUCCUACUCACUAUUCCAUGGACCUGUAUUUCAAAAUGUUUGUCUAUUUUUCUUUUUUCUCAGGCAUGAAGUUUGGUCACCUUAGGAAGAUCAAGAUCAAAUGGUACAGUCUGCACAAGUGAGAACUAGUUCUAAGGUCUCAGUCCUGCCUCACAUCACUUUACGUGUCAGCAUGAGAUGGUGGAAUCUGUGGAAACUUUCAUCAGGAAUUUAGAGGAGAAAAACAAAUCCUCCAUAUUUAGAUGUUGAUUUUGCUCCUAAGCAGUUAGUUAUCUUUCAAUGUCUAUUUCAGUAUCUGUUUCACUGCUGGCUCAAGAGACUGUGAAACAGUGUGUGUUGGCAUUCCAGCACUUGUUUAAUGAGCCAUGUCCAAAGUUAGAAAUCAUGCCUUAUGGCACCUAGUCAGUUGUGCAGAUGGUUAGUUUGCUUCUAAUGCUUCUAAUAUUAGUACACGAGUGUUUAUAAUUUCUAGAAGAUGUUGUGCAUUUAAAUUGGGUGUAAUUUAAUUCUGAAGAGUAAAUAGUAUAACCAACAUCUUUUAAAUACUCCAAUUUAAGGUAUAAUCUCAAAGCAGAAGAACAUUUAUGUACCAAUUUUAUCACAAAACUAAAAUCAGACAAAUGCUGCCCAAAAUUGGUUUCUUUGGGAAUAGUAUGCUGAAAAGUAGUUUUUUCCUAAAUAUAUUUAAUAAAAUUUAAAUAAUAUAUAUGCUGUAUCAGUUUAAAAUAACCAUUUUACUUAUUUUAAACAACAGAAUAUUAUUUUGUGUAUGCCCAAAUAUCUAUUAAAAUAAUUCAUAGGUAUUUUUACUUACAGAAAGUAAAGAAACAUAAAUAAGCUGAGCUGUGAAUAACAUUCUAUUUUUCAGAUGAUGUAACACUGCCUGUUAGGGUGACUCUGCCCUUCAAGGGUAUGAUCCAUGGCCUCAUCCUUUAUACUGUGAGACUAUGUUUUAAGCUUCUGUGUUCUUUUAUCUUCUUUUUCUUGUUCCAAAUGGCACGUGCCAAUAAAGGCCAAGCUUAUUCUAGAAGACAAGGAUCAAAAGAAGUAUUCAUAAAGUUUAGAGAGAAAGAUAGGUACAGAGAUUAUUACAAAUAACAAUUAUAACACACAACAUAUAGGGGACACUGAAGCUUGGUCUUUAAACACAUAUAUUUGCUAGACAAGACACAGAGAUAGAAAAAUCCGUGGUCUGCCUGGUGACCAGGAAGAAAUUGAAGGUAAAAGGAGUAUAGUGUAUCCGGUAGGAAAUGGCAAGUGCUGGAAUGGGGUAAGUAAGUCAGGGCUAGAAUGUGAGAGAGGAGUUCACUUGGACUUUUUUUCUUUUAGAGAGUAGGAACCAUUCAAAGGUCUUAAGCAGGAAGACAAUGCCAGGUGUCUGGAGAAAAAAGGAAAAAAAAUCAUGGCAGUAUGGGUGACUGACAGAUCAUGGAUGACAGAUUAGAACGAGGAGAGACUAGUUAUUUUUGCAAUAUUCGAGGCGUUAAGACCACUAGACCUUAAGACAGCAGCAAUAGAAAUAUAUAGUUUCAGGAGCCCCAUUACAGGUAGAAGUGAGAGAGAAAAGGAAUUAGGAAGUGACACUGAGAUUUAUUUUCUGGGAGAUGAGAUUAAGGCUGGCACCAAAGAAAGAAUGACUGGGAAUAUAUUUCUGCUUGGACCACCCCCCCCCCCCGCCCCCGGAUUGAAUUUACUUCUCACUGAGAGGCAGGGCAACCAGGCAACAGCAGCCCUCGCCCACACUGUGGGCACGGUAGAAGAGGAGGACGUGGGACAGGUAUGGCCCAUGGGCAAGGUGGUAAGCUAGAGGGAAUACAGGGCUAUGUUGAGCAGACACCAUUCCUGAAAUAAUCCUGUACAAAAGAGGACCAAAACCCACAUGUCACACUUGCCACCACACCAAAACAUGAAGUAUCUGGAAUCCUGAGGUGGCAGGGGGACUACAUUUUACCUGACAUAGGUUUGUCCCAUGCACAUUCCAUCUCAUCGCAUGGCCUCUUUUAUUCUAAUUCCAUGACUCAGCUCUGAGUCUCCAUUUCCUCAUCAGUAAAGCAGGGCUAAUACCUUGUCUACGUCUCAGGGUUGUUGUCAGGCUGUAAUGUAAUAAUAGAAAUAAAAGUGUCCUAAAAUCCUUAAUACGAAAUACUGUCUCAGUGUUGUUACUUUUAGUACCUGGCCUUUUCUGAAGUUGGAAGACGCUGAACACAAAAACAGGUUUUUGAAAUUCAAAGGUUAAGAAAGACUUGAAAGAAUGGCUAGGAUGUAAUAAUUUUACAUAGCUAUACUUAAGUCUUUUGAAACUGAACACUCUUCUAUGUUUUUUGAAGUAUAAACCAUUUGGUCUAAUAUAAACUAGUACCUAAUUACUAUUUAUUGAUAUGGAAUACAUUUUUAGGAAGAACAUUCCAUCCACAUCGAAGUAGUUGUUUCUAUUUCACUAUCAGCCACAGUUCUUCCCUUCUUUAAAUCACGGCACUGAAACUAAACUUCAUACACUAUUAAUCUACAAGGUUCUUUAAUGUAAACAUUAUAACUGAAGUUUCAGUAAUGUCUCAAGCAAAUGUCAUCUGUCUCCUAGAAACCCUAAUCUAGCAGAACAUUUCAAUGGAAAAACUGAGUUUCUAUUUUACUGUUUAAUUUUGCAUAAAAAGAAAUCAUUAAAGAAAGAUGACAUCACUGUUGGAUAAAAGACAACUUACAAAGGGACUUGACCCUAACAAACAGAGGCUUCCACUGGGCCUCUCAUUCAUUUAUAGGCCGGGCCACCAGCAAUCAUCUGUUAACAUGCACCACCA